CAACAGUAGAAUUAAUUAGGAAACUCUAGAAGCCUUAAGAGAAGUUGAUCAUUCUGUAACAUAUUUGAAAUGGUUAGUGGCUAGUAAUAUGCGGGACAGUUGAUUCACGAAGAUAUUUUUGCAGGACACACCUGGGUGUGUGUAGUCAAAUCCAACUUUGCUUUUCUCACCCAGUAAACAUUAAAGAUUGAACCACAAAAAAGUCAACUCAUUGCAGCCUACAUACCAGAUAAAACAAUGAGACAAUAAAUUUUAAAUUUAAAAUCUUGGGAAGCAAAAGAGAAUAAGAUGAGCCUUGAACUUAUAUGAGCACCAUAGUAUACCCAAUAUACUUCCUAGUAAACUGUAAUACCCUCAAGCAACGAAACUUUGCGAUAAGGAAUCUAGUUCCACGCAAAAAUCCCCACAUCUUCUUUUAGAAAGUUACCAAACAAAGAAGGGGCCGUCUUGAACGCCCACCAGAAAGGUAGGCAGUCUCUUGCUCGAUGCGAACGCAGCACGAAUGUCUAUCGUCAUGGCAUCUGUCUAACCUUUACGAGUUGGAUUUUUAACCUCAUACGAUGUGCAAGUCUCAAAGAAAUGGACUGUUGUUAGUUUCCUUGUUGUUUUCUAUCCCAAUUUUAGCCGCAAGUGAACAUCGGAAUCACGGAUCAGACUAUCAAAUUACCGGCUUAUUUAAAUCCCUGCUCAACAUACCGUACAGACCGUGGCAAAAUCUGCUGGACAAAACGCAAUCGAAUUCAAAGAAAUCGAUUGAAGACACCCUGGAAACAACAGACUUGUCUGCACUUGCAGAACAGAAGAGGUCAAACAACUUUGAAUUACCAAGCAGGACUAUUGAAAGCUCAAUAGUUAAAAAUGAAGAUUUACAGGUAUCACAUUUUAGACCAUUUGCUGUACGGGAGAACCGACAAGAAAACGGAUGCGUAUGCACACCAAAUCUAGCUUGUGGUUGUAAUUGUGCGACUACUUGUUUGGUGCUGGACUUUCAAUGUGGACAAACUUGUACUCACGUUACCGUUUAUAACGCUAAGUAUCUUCAAGGACCUUCUAAUGAACCUCAAUUGUCAACAAGUGUAACAACCUACAACAACAACUGCAACGACGAUUGCUUCACCAGCGAUGUUACACCCGAUGCGCCCUAUGGGACCACCGGAGCGCCCCAUUUGAUCAACGAUCCGCCCUAUGGGACCACCGGAGCGCCCCAUGUGAUCAACGAUGCGCCCUAUGGGACCACCGGAGCGCCCCAUUUGAUCAACGAUCCGCCCUAUGGGACCACCGGAGCGCCCCAUGUGAUCAACGAUCCGCCCUAUGGGACCACCGGAGCGCCCCAUGUGAUCAACGAUCCGCCCUAUGGGACCACCGAUGCGCCCCAUUUGAUCACCGAUCCGCCCUAUGAGACCACCGAAGCGCCCCAUGUGAUCAACGAUCCGCACUAUGGGACCACCGAAGCACCCCAUUUGACCAACAACGACAACGUGACCAUCAACGUGUCUACCAAUGUGAGCACCGAUGCUACCGUGCCCAUCAUCAACAUAACCAACGUUGAGACCAGCAACGAUGGGACCAGCGUUGGGACCAGCGUUGGGACCAGCGUUGGGACCAGCGUUGGGACCAGCGUUGGGACCAGCAACUCUGUGACGAACUAUGUACCUCCUGUAGCUAUAGUAGUAGGUAGUAUUGUAGCAAUAGCUCUAGCUGUUGCAAUUCCGCUAGGAAUUAAUCCACCGCCAGUUGAGUGUAUUCCACCCGAACUGUUUGUCGACUUUUCGGUUAUCGAAGAUAAGAUUCCUUUCAACAAUCAGCCAUUUUUUGAAAAAGACUUUCCUCCGGACGGAUGUGGAAAUAAUUCCGUGCGGAUGGAAAUUGGGAAUUCGAAUAGGAAUUUGGAUCGGAAUAGACCCAGUGAAGUAAAUUGCCAGCCGCUUAUGAGAAGAGGAAAUUGCCCCAGUCCACAAGAUUGGGUCACCAUAAAUCCCACUACAUUGAAGGGAAGUUGCACUCCACGUCUUUGCGGUCGAGGACGAGUGUUCGUCGGUCGUGAUGGACUUUGUCACGAUAUUUACGAUCCAGGCGAGUGCCAAGGUGGCCGGCGACUUUACUAUUCUCCUUUUGGAGAUCCCAUCUGCGAUUGUCCAAUCGGAGAAUACCCUUUUCCGAACGCCGAAAACAAUUGCGUUGCACUUUUCACCCAAGGACCCUGCCGAGAUGGGAGUAUAGUGGGCAUUAGUUCACAGAGUCAAUUGGAGUGCAUGCCAUCGAAAUGUCAAUCAACCAACGUUGGAGAUAAACCUCUACAGUUGCUGCCAGCCGAGGAUGGACAAUGCUACGCUCUAGGAACACAGGGUCCCUGUUCACCCCCCUCUUUGUUGGGUUAUGACAUCUUCAAACGCCAAAUGGAGUGUGUCAAUGUUCAAAAUGAUACCUCGCCCUAUUUCACUUCUCCUGAAGAAGAGGCACUGGUCGAUAGCAUCUACAACCAGCGCUCUCCGGACUUUGACGACUUACGAAUUUCAAUGGUCUUUAAAAGUCCAGUAGGAACCAACGACAUCGGCCAGCGUAGGCAAGGUGCUACCACUGGUGGAAUAUUUCAAUUCCCUAGCUUUUCACCGGAAACACUAUUAAAUCCUUGUCGACCUGGAGCUCGAAAGGAGAUGAAUUAUAAAUGCACGAGUCCAUUAGUACCCAAGUCGAGAACAAAAAGGGAAACGUUAUUGCAAGCUGUUCAGCCGGCAUUUCAGUGUACACCAGAUAAAAAUUUGCAAGCUACGGGCAAGUGCGUGACCGAUAAUCGCAGCACGAAUUGUGGACCAUCUUUUCGGUUCAACCCUGCUACUGGACAAUGCCGAAGUAUAUUCUAACGUAAGCGGAAUGUGGUUAGCCUCUAUCCAAACAUAUAUGAUUCAAACGCUGAGAGAAAAAAAGAAUGCUUGGUGGACUGUAAUAAAAACAGACGCUUUCAAUAAGAAUAAAAUUUAAAAAAAAAGUUAUUCCCCGAUGGACCUUAACAUCUACGCCGUACCUUGCCUCUCAAUGAAAUUGUGGAUAAUUUUGAUGUACCUCAAUGAAAAAUAAAUUGUUGAAUAACCAUUUUGAAAUAUUUCUUUUUGCGACUAUUAUUUCGU